AUGUUCAAACUAGCUUUCAUUUUGGCUGCUCUGGCAGUAAGCUGCUCAGCAACUGCAUCUAACACCUAUUUUUUAUACACAUUGGAAAAUAAACACAACCCAGAAAUUUUGGACCCCAGGGUGCCACUUUCAAGAUACUCCCAUUUCAAAAUAACUGACAACACCGUUAUUCUAGUUCAUGGUCACCAUGGCCAUGCUACCAAUGACUUCAAUACUAUGAUCAAAAAUGCUAUCCUAGAUCAUCAAACACCUCACAACGUUAUUGUGGUUGACUGGAGCACAGAAGCCAACCAGGGAUAUGCUUCUGCAAGGCAAGCAGUACCUUUAGUAGCUGAACAUUUGGCUAAUUUCACCAAUUGGUUGGAAUAUGAAGCCAGAUUGAUCAGAAGCACGUUACAUUUAGUUGGUUUCGACCUUGGAGCUCACAUUGUUGGCCAGACUGGGCGACGAUUGGACCAAGGAUUUGGCAGAAUUGGAAGAAUCACCGGUUUGGACCCAUCUGCAAGUCGAUGGGGUAGCAAUUCUGGAAGAUUAGCUGACACUGAUGCCAUGUACGUUGAAGUUAUCCACACAGAUAUCACAGGACCUACUGCUAACGGUAUCGGAACUCCUAUUGGUGAUAUCAACUUCUUCGUCAACGGCGGUAGUAACCAACCAGGCUGCUUCACCCAUAUCUGCAGCCAUAACCGUGCCUUCGAAGUUUUUGCAGCAUCUAUGGUCAACAACGGAUUACUCGGAUACCCAUGCAGCUCAGACUUGCAAAAUACUUUAGACAGAUGCAGAGGAGACCCAUUGCACAUGGGUGCUUGGUUCUUUCUAAAACUGGAUCUAAAAAAUACCGCGUGA